AUGGUGGUGGAAGAGGGAAGUCCGAGAAGCCCAGAGGCUAAAUUAGGGCUGGAAGUGGAAGACCUAUGGGACGUACAAGAGCCCCAACUAUCUCCAACCGAGAAGCUUAAUGCUUGUUUCGAAAGCAUUCCUGUUUCACAGUUUCCACAAGCUUCCUCUUCCCAAGUAAUCGAGAUCAAGUCGGAUGCCAGUCUAGGUGAAGCUGUUCGGUUGCUAUCUCAAAAUAAAAUUCUAAGUGCACCUGUUGUGGACGUUGAUGCACCCGAGGAUUCUAGUUGGAUGGACAGAUAUCUCGGGAUCGUGGAGUUUGCAGGCAUUGUUGUUUGGAUUCUGCAUCAGUCAGAAAAGAAUAGUGGCAUAGAUGCUGCAGACGUAUUUGCUAGAGCGUUACAAGAAACCACGGGACCUGCAGUUGCAGCAGCAGCAAGCGGGAUGUCUUCCCCGAGAUAUCGGAGCUCACAACCUGGUUCUCCUAAAACCGCUGGCAACUUUUUUGAGCUAUUGACUUCUUCUGAUUUCUAUAAAAACACAAAGGUUAAAGACAUCUCGGGAUCAUUUCGCUGGGCACCAUUUCUUGCUUUGCAACCAUCCAACUCCUUUCUGACCAUGCUUUUACUGCUAUCAAAGUAUAGAAUGAAGAGUAUUCCAGUGGUUGAUUUAGGGGAGAGGAAGAUCGACAACAUUAUCACCCAAUCUGCAGUAUUCCAUAUGUUGGAGGAAUGUGCAGAUCUCCAAUGGUUCAAAAGYUGGGGAUCUAAGAAAMUAUACGAACUUGGUCUUCCUCUUAUGAAAUCUAAUCGGGUUAUYAAGGUAGACGAGGAUGAACCAGUUCUGCAGGCGUUUAGAAUGAUGCAAGAGAAGGGAGUUGGCGGGGUGCCGGUGGUUGCUAGCGGUAGAAACAAGAUGAUUGGUAACAUAAGCAUCAGGGAUAUUCAAUUUCUCCUAAUUGCCCCCGAGAUUUACAAAGAUUAUAGAUCUAUCACGACUAAGAACUUUGUAACAGCAGUUAAAAACUACUUGAAGGAGAAUGAGAAGGCAUUACCUGUGAUGAGUGGCAUGAUUACAUGCAGAAAAGAGGACACACUUAAAGAUGUGAUUAUGAAGCUUGAUUCGAUGAAGGGUCAUCGUAUAUACGUGGUUGAUGAACAAGGUAACCUUGAAGGAUUGAUAACGCUGAGAGAUAUCAUAUCUAGGUUAGUGCAUGAGCCUAGAGGAUAUUUUGGGGAUUUCUUUGAUGGUGUUUUGCCCUUGCCUCAAAACUCUAGGGUUUAG